AUGGGCCAAACUUCUGAAAUGACUGCAUUUCUUAACUUGCAUGAAGAUCAGUUAGUUUCUGCAGGAGUACCAGAGCAGUUUUGGCAAACUUUGUAUACAAAAUUGGUAAAUCAAACUUUUAAUACUUCAGAAUAUUUUGAAUUACUUAAAGUUGAGCAGGACGACGAAGAAAAUGAUAAACAUCAUCCGUCGCUAAUACUUAGAGCUUUAAAAGACAUAAAUAAAUGUAAUGCUCAACAUAUUUAUCUUAUUGAUCAUGCUUGGACAUAUAAAAUUAAUGGGAAACAACAAUUACUAGAACAUGAUGUUCUUAUAAAAAGACUCUGUAACAUUUUAAAUAUAGCUUUUAAUUUAGAUAAAAAAGAACUAAUUGACAAGUUGCUUGACAAUCUCUGGAAAAUAAAUAAUUUCUAUUCAAUAAGUAAUGCUAAGGAUGUGGAAGAUAGACUCCCAAUAUGGUAUAUCAUGGAUGAAGUUGGAACAGCUGUUACACAUAGUAAUCAUCCAAAUUGUAGAAUUGUGCCAUUUGUUUAUAUUAAUGACCAAAUCACCUAUUCAAUUUUAUUUCCUAUAGAGGAUAUCAAAGAAGCAGAAAUAAUUACAAGAGAUUUUGCUGAAGGUAUAACUGAAUCUAUUAGAAGAGAAGCGAUUUUACUUCCUUGGGUUUUUAAAUCAUUUGAAUCAAUUGAUGUAAAUCCUCCUAUGCCUGAUGAAGAAUAUUUUCUUUCUGGUCAUAUCAAGGAGAGUUUACCAGAUUUAUCAAAACUUGAAGGUAAAAAGGUUCUUGGAAAUGUCUUAAAAGUUUACUCCCAAUAUAGUUUAAUUAACAUCAAUUUGAAUUCAAACAAGUUUACCAUAGUUGACAACCCUGAUGAUGCUGAUAUUUUAUGGUAUACUGAACAUUUUAAGGAUUUCAAAAAAUUAAGCUGCAGUCCAGAGAAAUUUAUAAACCAGUUUCCAUUUGAAUAUGUGUUAACAGUUAAGGAUCUUUUAUGUAUAACUUGUAGGAGAAAACAAACGGCUUUAAACUGGUUGCCCACUUCUUAUAAUUUAAUUACUGAAAUUGGACAUUUUGUUAGUUAUUUUCAGAAAAGAGAUAAAGAGGGAUUCGAUAAUUUUUGGAUUGUGAAACCUUACAACCUUGCUAGAAGCUUGGAUAUUCAUAUAACUAAUAAUUUGGAUUAUAUUCUAAGAGUUUCACUUACAGGGCCAAAAAUAGUUCAAAAAUAUAUUACAAAUCCUGUGUUAUUCUACAGACCAGAAUGUAAUGGCAGAGUCAAAUUUGACAUUAGAUAUGUAUUAUUGUUAGAAAGUGUUAAACCUCUCAAGGCAUAUGUUUAUAAGCAUUUUUUUUUGAGAUUCGCAAAUAAACCAUUUGAAUUAAAUGAUUUUGAAGAAUAUGAAAAACAUUUUACUGUAAUGAAUUAUAUAGAAAAUGCAGAUCUAAAACAUAUGAAGUAUACAGAUUUUUUAUUGAAUUGGUUGGUGCAGUAUCCAGACUAUGAGUGGGAUACUGUUGAAAAAUUAAUUUUUAAAAUGUUGAAAGAUAUUCUGGAAUGUGCAAUUAUAGAAGAACCCCCUUGUGGAAUAGCUCAUAACCCACAAUCUAGAGCUCUGUAUGCUGCUGAUAUUAUGCUUGAAUGGACGGAGGAUAAAGAAAUUGAACCAAAAAUUUUAGAAAUAAACUUUACCCCCGAUUGUAAAAGGGCUUGUGAUUAUUAUCCACAAUUUUAUGAAGAUAUAUUUAGGGUGUUAUUUUUUAAUGAAAGUGUUGAUACUGUAAUACCUUUAUAA